AUGGAAAACUUUAUUGAUCAGCCAUUGGGACUUGUCUCGGAAAUGACACGUCGUGAAUUUGUACAUAUUUUAGAAACAAUUUCUGGAACAAAGGAUUUAGUUGUGGAUAGAACUCUUUUAAGAGCUUUUGAUCGAAUAGCAAAUAUGAGUUUAUUAAAGCAGCAUGGCGUUGCAGGCGUCAUUCCACUGCGAACCGAUGGACCAAUUCUAACAACCUCCGAAGCGCAAAAGCGAAUUUAUCUAGUUCGCUCUUCUCUUCAAAUGGCAAAAACUCUUUGUAGUUUAAUCCGAAGUGAACCAAAUCUUUCUUGUGCAGUGAUAUGGGUUGAUCGAAUGUUGGCUUCUUGCUCAAAAGAAUUUGAGCUACACGGAGUAUCGGGAUUGGUCGAAGAAUACGAUUGGUCAUUAUCACUUGUAACAAUAGAAAGCGAUUUGUUUUCUUUGGAAAUUCCUUUACAUUUGUCUACGUCAAGCACCGGUGAUAUAUUUACGGCGGCAAAUUCGCUAUGGCAAUUUCAAUCAUUAUAUGGGCAAAUUCCUACGGUUUAUGGUAUUGGAGAACGUUCUGAUGAGGUAUGGCGUGUCCUUCGACGCUUAUAUGUAGAGAAGGGAGAACCAAGAGCUAGUCCAGAUCAACCAGUCUCACAUCUUUUUGUUUUGGACAGAGCUUUGGAUAACGCUUCUGUGUUUUUAACGGCUUUAACAUACGAAUCAAUGUUGCACGACACUUUUGGUAUCUCGUGUGGCAAAGUGACGUUUUCUGGCGACGUUGAAGAAAGGCUAAAAAGAACCACCGGCGAAAAUGGUAUAAAUGAAGUGGAAAAUAAAACCUCGAAAAGCAAGCCUGUUCUCUUGGACAAUAAUGAUGCUGUCUUUUCUGCUGUUAGAAAUUCUCAUAUGACGGCUGUUUUUCCAUUUCUCUCCUCAAAAGCAAAAGAAAUUCAAAAUAACUACGGGAAAGGAACAAGUUUUGAUCAGGUUUCCGAUAUGAAAUUAUUUGUGUCAAAUGAGUUGAAAUCACUGAAACUUCAACAUCGUCAAUUGGAAACCCAUAUUUGUGCAUGUGAGGUUGUAUUGGAAAGGACGGCAAUGGUAAAUGCAUCAGAGCGUCUGGAAAUUGAACAGGCAAUAAUAGCAAACACGGCCGAUCUCAAUACUGUUUUUGAAUACGCUGAAAACUGCAUGCUUAUGGAUCAUUCACCAUGGCAAAUACUACUUUUAAUCUGCUUAGCAUCGAUGAUGAAUAAUGGCUUGCCUGGAAAGUUGCUCAACUCGUUCAAGGAAUCCUUCAUCUCUUCUUAUGGCAUUGCUUUUUUGUCUGUGUUAAAUACGCUGAGCAAGAAAAAGCUUCUGAUGACACGCUCCAUUCUUUCGUCCAGCACUAGUUUGCCAAAUGUCAUUGGUGUUCAACCCCAUGAAGGUAAUUCAACUCUUCCAUUCAUUGUUAAACGUCUGUCAUUGGUGCCAGCCGCAACAGAGUUUGUGAAUGAUUUUAAAAAUCCGCAAAAAAUGAACUAUGUAUUUUCUGGAGCCUACACGCCGGUAAUGUGCCAGGUUGUCGCUGAUGUCAUGAUGCAAGGCUUCAAUAUUACGGAUCUGAAAAAAACUUUUAAUGGAAAGGUUUUUGUUGAAGAGAACAGCUUUGUUCCAGCAGAACGUCGACCAGAUAGCCGAAUGCGAAAAGCUAUAAUGGUCUUCUUUUGUGGUGGUGUCACUUAUGCCGAGAUCGCAGCACUUCGCCUCUUAGCACAAUUGAAUUCAUUUCGGAUAAUUAUCGUUGCAACUAAUAUUAUUCAUAGGGAAACUUACAUCAAAUGUCUUGGUGAUGUAUCUCAAUUG